GUAUUCCAGUUUCCGAAACCGUAGCUAGCGAACCCAAAACUAGCGAACCUGACGUUAGCGAACCUAAAGCAUGCGGACUUGAAGCUAGCGAAACUGAAGUGAGUGAACAUGUAGCUAGCAAACCUGAAGCUAGCGAACCUGAGGCUAUCGAACCUAAAGUUUGCGGACUUGAAGCUAGCAAAACUAAAGCUAGUGAACCUGAAGCUAUCGAAGCUGAGGCUAUCAAACCUAAAGCUUGCGGACUUGAAGCUAGCGAAACUAAAGCUAGUGAACCUGGAGGUAUCGAAGCUGAGGCUAUCAAACCUAAAGCUUGCGGACUAGAAGCUAGUGAAACCGAAGCAAGCGAACCGAAAGCUAGCGAACUUGAACCUAGCGAACCUAAAUCCUGUGGACCUGGAGCUAGCGAAACUGGAGCUAGCAAACUUAAAGCUAGCGAACCUGAAGCUGACGUAUCUGAAGCUAGAGAACUUAAAGUUAGCGAACCUGAAGCUAGAGAACCUAAAGCUUGUGGACUUGAAGCUAGCGCAACUGAAGCUAGCGAGCCUGAAACUAGCGAAGCUGAAGCUAGCGAACCUGCAGCUAACGUAUCUGAAGCUAGCGAAUCUAAAUUUAGCGAACAUGAAGCCAGCGAACCUGAAGCUAGCGAACCUAAAACUUGCGGAGCUGAAGCCAGCGGAACUGAAGCUACAGAACCGAAAGCUAGCGAACCUAAAGCUGGCGAAUCUGACCCUAAUAUAGAUGAAGCUAACGAACCUGAAGCUAGAAAACCUGAAGCCGGCGAACCUAAAGCUAGCAAACCUGAAGCUAGUAAAUUUGAACCCAGCGAACCUCAACUUAGCUAUCCUAAAGCACGCAAACCUGAAGAUAGCAAAUCUGAAGAUAGCAAACCUGAAGAUGGCGAACCUAAAGCUAACGAACCUGAAGCUAGCGAACCGGAACCAAAUGAACCUAAAGCAUUAGGAGCUGAAACUAGCGAAUCUGAAGAUAGCGAACCUAAAGCUGGUGAACCUGAAGCUAGCGAACUUACAG